CUUUCCCACCUUCCCCACCCACAACGCCUAGCAAAGGCUCAGCACCAUGGCUGAAUGGGACCCUCCUGCCCAGUCUUCACACUGGAGUUCGGAGGUGCAGGCUGCUCCGCUGGAGGAGGUCAGCUUCCCCAAAGAGACACAGCUUCAGACAGCCACGAUUUCUCUGUGGACGGUGGUAGGGGCUGUCCAGGCCGUGGAGAGGACGGUGGAGGCACAGGCCCUGCGGCUGUUGAGCCUGGAGCAGCGGUCGGGAACGGCCGAGAAGAGGUUUGCGGACUGCGAGAAGGCCGUGGCUGAGCUGGGAAGUCGGCUGGACAGCCGGUGGUCAGCGCUGGGCACCGUCCUUCAGGAAUACGGGCAGCUGCAGAGGAGGCUGGAGAACCUGGAGACCCUGCUGAAGAACUGGAACUUCUGGGUCCUAAAGGUUCCCGUGGGCACGACUGGAGAGGGGUCAAAGAUCUCGGCGACGUUCGGCGACUGCUCGACUCACUUUUCUCGGGAGAAAUGGGAAAGGCUGGAGGACUGGCAGAAGGAGCUCUAUAAGAACGUGGUCAAGGGGAACUGCGAGUCUCUGAUCUCCCUGGAUUUUGCUGUUUCUAAACUGGAGAGUUUAGCCUGCGCUGAACAAGGAGGAGACCCGCCUCCCGUUCUAGGCCAGGCGGCCUCGGAAGGACAACCUCCACAGUCUCCAUCGGAUCCCAAGACAGAUUAUACGGUUUCUAAACUGGAUCCUUUACCGAGUGAUGGAGAAGGAGGCCUCCCUUGUGUUCCGCUCCAGACGGACGUGGAAAUGGAAGCCCACAAAAGCUUCAGCUCAGACAAAGAAGAACCACCUGCUUCGAGGACGGAUGUCAUUUCUUGGAUCAAACAGGAAGACCAGCCCACAGCAAGGGACGCUCGUGACAGUGCCCAGCUGCAGACAGAGGACCACCAAGCGGAAGAUCCGGCCAACCCGCCGCUGCUGCUGUUCUUCCCAGGCGGGUCCGUGGCGCCCAUUUUCAACGGCGCCAUCGGUGAGAGCCAGCCCCUCUCCAGCCUCCGCGGCCCACGCACCACCGGCGGGACCCCCCCGAGCUCUCCCGCGGCGGCCCUGGAAGCCGCCAUGGAGCGGCCCCACACCUGCGCGGACUGCGGCAAAACCUUCAGCCUGCUGCUCAGCCUCCAGAUCCACCAGAUGAACCACCGCAAGCGGAAGCAGUACGCCUGCACCUUCUGCGGGGGGGCCUUCAGCUGCCCCUCGGAGCUCGUCCGGCACCAGAUGAUCCACACGGGCGAGAGGCCCUACAAGUGCACAGUGUGCGGGAAGGGCUUCGUGCGCAAGCAGCACCUCAUCCCUCACCUGCGGCUGCACACGGGCGAGAGGCCCUACCGGUGCGCCCAGUGCGGCAAGGCCUUCAUCUGCAAGCACCACCUGAUGGAGCACCAGCGCACCCACACCGGCGAGCGGCCCUACGCCUGCACCGCCUGCGGGAAGGCCUUCCGGCGCAAGAAGUCCCUGAAGGACCACGUGCGGAUGCACAGGGCCGGACCGGGCCAGGCGGCCUCCUCCGCCCGGGAUCCCCCCCAGGAGCCUCAGCCGCCGCCGACAGAAAUCAGGGGGGGAAAUGUGUGGUAG